AUGGCUGCAGCUUUAAGUGAUUCCAUACCCUCUAUAAACAAGGCUUGGGUGUACUCAGAAUAUGGACAGUCUGCAGAUGUUUUGAAAUUUGAUCCCAAUGUUGCUGUGCCUGAAAUAAAGGAAGACCAGGUGCUCAUCAAGGUGGUUGCUGCAUCUCUUAACCCAAUUGAUUUCAAGAGGAUGCUUGGGUAUUUCAAGGAGAUCGACUCUCCUCCACCUACGGUUCCUGGGUAUGAUGUUGCUGGUGUGGUGGUGAAGGUGGGAAGCCAAGUGACGAAGUUUAAGGUGGGGGAUGAAGUAUAUGGGGAUCUCAAUGAGAAUGCUUUGGUGAACCCAAAAAGUUUGGGUCUUUGGCAGAGUACACUGCUUCAGAAGAAAGAGUGUUCGCUCUCAAACCCCAAAAUCUGA